AUGGUAUCUCACAGCACAAUUUGGCAUGUGACUGACUUUCACCACGAACCCAAUUACACUUCUGGUGAUUAUCCAGCAUCGAGCUGUCGUAACUUGAAUGGAGAGACGCCGGCAUACUGGGGUGAUUAUCGAUGUGACUCGCCAUGGUCCCUUAUCAAUUCCUCCGUCUAUGCCAUGGCAGAUUUAAACUCGAGCCCUGACUUCAUUAUAUGGACCGGGGACGACACUCCCCAUGUCCCGAACGAGAAUCUAAACACAGACAAAGUAUUAGACAUGAUCUGGAACCUGACUUCGCUUUUAAUGGAAGUAUUUCCAGAUACACAUGUUUUCCCUGUUCUGGGUAACCAUGACUAUCAUCCCAAACACAUGAUGCCGCCUGAGCCUAACAUAGUAUAUGAAACCGUUGGUGAUUGGUGGGAACACUGGUUGGAAUCCUACCCUGGAGCAGUGGAAUCAUUCAAACAAGUGGCCUACUACACUGCACUAUACAAGACUGGGCACAGAAUAGUCGGUCUUAACACAGUCUACUAUUACACCAAUGAUAAGUUGACGGCAGAUAUGGAAGAUCCUGGGGACCAAUUCCAGUGGCUAGAAGACAUUUUGUUAAAUGCAACAGAGAAUGACGAAAAGGUUUACCUGAUUGGUCACGUGCCCCCUGGUGUGUUUGAACGUCAUGCUGGGAAAUCCUGGUUUUACCCGCAAUUUAACGAAAGAUAUAUCGAGAUUAUCACAACUUACUCUGACGUCAUCUUUGGUCAGUUUUUCGCACAUCAACACGUUGACAGCUUCAGAAUGUUUUACGAUGAUCAAGGAGAUGCAGUCGCUUCCUUAUUCCUGACUCCAGCAGUCACACCAUGGAACACGACUUUAUCGGGUGUUGGGCCCAACAACCCAGGCAUCCGCCUCUUCGAAUAUGACCGUGACACAUGGCAAAUCCUCGAUAUAAAACAGUAUUACCAGGACCUCUCUGAAACUGGUGCCUCCAAUGAUCCUAUUUGGAAACUCGAAUACUCUGCGAAGGAGGUCUACGGUAUCCCGGACGUGACGACAAGUUCUCUGCAGCAACUGACAGAGUCGUUCCAAAGAUGA